AUGGUUGUCGCAGAAAAACCUAAUGGCAAGCUACGCAUUUGUUUAGAUCCCAAAGAUCUAAAUGUUGCUAUAAGACGUGAACAUUAUCAGUUACCUACAUCUGAGGAAGUUAGUAGCAUGCUGUCAGGAGCAAAAUAUUUCAGCAAGCUGGACCGGCUACCAUUUGGGAUCAAAAGUGCAUCCGAAGUUUUUCACAAGCGGAUAUGUAACAUUCUUCAAGGUAUCCGAGGUGUCAAAUCCAUAAUUGACCACAUUCUUGUAUGGGGAGAAACACUUAAGGAACACGAACAGAGGCUUGAGCAAGUAUUGAACAAAUUACAAGAAUCAAAUGUGACCCUGAAUAAGGACAAAUGUAAAAUUGGGCUGACAGAGGGUGUGUAUUUUGGGCACAAAUAUUCAGGAAAUGGAAUACAGCCUGACGAAGCAAAAGUAAAGGCGAUUGUGGAAAUGCCUACACCUGAAGACAAGAAAGAGUUACGGCGUUUCCUGGAGAUGAUAAACUAUUUGGCAAAGUUUGUCAAGGACCUGUCAACAAUUUCUGCAACGCUUCGUGCUCUAUUGAAAAAUGAUGUGUUGUGGAUUUGGGAAUCGUGUCAUGAGGAAUCAUUUAAUGCUCUCAAAGCAUUAGUAACAAACACACCUACAUUACAAUAUUUUGAUGAGAAGAAGUCUGUCAAGCUGUCUGUAGAUGCAUCAAAGUAUGGUUUAGGAGCUGAAAGACCAGUCGAGUAUGCGUCAAAAACACUUAAUGAAACCCAAAAAGGCUAUGCACAGAUAGAGAAAGAACUGCUGGCCAUAGUAUAUGGAUGUGAACGGUUCCAUCAAUAUGUCUACGGUAGAGAGGUCUUAGUAGAGACUGAUCAUAAACCUCUUGUAACAGUGGUGAAAAAGGCGAUAGGGGAGACAACUCCCAGACUUCAACGACUUCUCAUGAGGUUACAGCGAUACCAGAUACGAGUCAUUUAUAAACCAGGAAAUGAAAUGCACGUAGCAGACCAGUUGUCAAGGUCACCUUUAUCACACCAGGAGAGUGAGGAUGUUACUGCGGAUGUAGAGGCUCAGAUUCAUCUAGUGAUGAACAGUCUACCUGUAACCACGACCAAAAUGGACAAGUUUCAAAGGGAAACACUCAAGGACCCAAGCCUGCGAGAAUUAAGUAAUAUUACACAAGAAGGAUGGCCAGAUGACAAGCAUCAAGUACCAAAGAGUGUACAGCCUUAUUUCAAUGAAAGAGCUGACUUAACUGUAAGUAAUCACAUCAUAUUCAAAGGUGAUCGUAUUGUUGUUCCUACAACCAUGAGGAAGGCAAUGCUGAAGGUCAUACAUGAAGGUCAUUUUGGCAUGACGUCGUGUAAAGCCCGUGCACGUGAAGCAUUAUACUGGCUAGGGAUAAGUGGUCAGAUUGAGGAUUUUGUAUCCAAGUGUGACAUUUGUUGUACUUUUCGAAAUGCAAAUACACGCGAACCACUGAAACCUCACGACAUACCUACAGGGCCAUGGGAAAAGGUAGGGACAGAUUUGUUCCAAUUCGAAGGACAGAUUUAUUUGCUGAUAGUUGACUACCAUUCUAAGUUUGUGGAGAUGUCGAUACUGAAGGACACUCGCUUAACAACGGUGAUAAAUCACAUGAAGUCUUUAUUUGCACGUUACGGCAUUCCAACCGAGGUCAUUUCGGAUAAUGGUCCGCAAUAUAGUGGGAGAAAAUUCAAGCAAUUCAGCCGAGAAUGGAAGUUCAAACAUGUCACCAGUAGCCCAUAUCAUCCACAAAGCAAUGGUAUGGCAGAGAGAUCUGUACAAACAGUUAAAAACAUGCUUCAAAAAGCUGUGAAGGAUGGAAAGGAUCCAUAUUUGGCAUUGUUGGAGUUCAGAAAUACACCAGGAGAAACAGGCUCAUCACCAGCUCAACUGUUGAUGGGACGUCGUUUAAGGUCUUUACUCCCGAUGUCGUCGAAGCUGUUGAAGCCAUCAACUCGCAAUAUCAAGGCACAUAAAAGGAUGAAAAAUCAACAAAAACAACAAAAGGUGUAUUAUGAUAGAAAAUCAAAAAACACUUCAGCCAUUAAAGAAAGGUGA